AUGGGAGGAUCAACUUCACGUGGUUCAAGAAACAGAAAGAAUUUUAAAAUGUCUCAGGGGUUACUCACAAAUUCGUCCCCAUUAGAAUUAAAAACAUCUAUCGAAAAACGACAAUUUCCGGAUCCAUCAACACAACAAGGUCAUGUUGCAUAUGCGGAUUUUGAUCCUCUUAUCCCUUAUUUCGAUGUCGUCGAACCAAUGACAGGAAGAAUCACAUUCACUAUAAUGAACGAUGGUGGAAUCAGAGUAAUAGGUCAAUGUAAUACCGGUUUUACUGAGCCGGAUCCUCGCUUUUAUACCGUCAAAAUAGUGCCAAGACCUUUGUGUCCUCCUUAUGUCUUGAUCGAUUUAACCAGACCAUUACAAUAUAGCAUUAAUGUUCCUGGAAAUUCUGCUUUUCAAGCUGAUUAUUAUAAUUUUAAUUUGGAUCAAAUCAUUAAUUUUUACGUGGUGGUUAAAAUGGGUGGCACUCUUAUCGGUGCCGCUGAAAUUAAGCGUGUUGGAAUCAACCCAGACAUGUAG